CAUACGCGAGGAGGCUCCUCCCCGCGCCGGAGUCGGAAGGGCUCGGGUCUUUCUCCGAACGGAGCACCUCCGGCCCUAAGAAGGCUCUAGUCUACUGGCUGUAAGCGCUAUGGCGGAGCCCUUCGGGGACUGCGCUUGUCCGUACAAGAACGGCUUCGAAGAAGCAAAGGAAAAUGUGCACCCAAGGAAUUUGAUUCCAGAACUUUGUCGGCAAUUUUAUCAUUUAGGAUGGGUUACAGGAACUGGUGGAGGAAUCAGCAUGAAACAUGGUUCUGAUUUCUCCUUCCCUCCCAGCAAUGAAAUAUAUAUUGCUCCGUCUGGUGUCCAAAAAGAAAGAAUACAGCCCGAAGACAUGUUUGUGUGUGAUAUCGAAGAAAAAGACAUCAGUGGCCCUCCAUCCCACAAGAAACUCAGGAAGAGUCAAUGUACACCUCUGUUCAUGAAUGCUUACGUCAUGAGAGGAGCAGGAGCAGUGAUUCAUACUCAUUCCAAAGCUGCUGUAAUGGCCACACUUUUGUAUCCAGGAAAAGAGUUUAAAAUUACUCAUCAGGAGAUGAUAAAAGGAAUCCAGAAAUGCACUACAGGGGGUUAUUUCAGAUAUGAUGACAUGUUAGUAGUCCCUAUUGUUGAGAAUACACCUGAAGAGAAGGACUUGAAGGAUAGAAUGUCACAUGCAAUGAACACGUAUCCAGACACUUGUGCUGUGCUGGUCAGGCGUCAUGGUGUUUAUGUUUGGGGUGAAACAUGGGAAAAAGCCAAGACAAUGUGUGAAUGUUACGACUACCUUUUUGACAUUGCAGUACAAAUGAAACAGCAUGGAAUUGAUCCUUCUAUAAUUCCUAGUGGAGAAAAUGGAAUUGUUUAGCAAGUUUUUCCCUAAAGUACAAUAUUACUGGAUUUCUAGGACAUGUUUGAUAAUUAAACACUAACCAUUCAGUGUUGUUUUUUAAAAGUCUGAAGGAUACCCAGUUUAAUUUCUAUUCCUCAUGCAGAUAUUGAAUUAUACAAAACCCCUUUACCUCUCAAUUUAUUGCACGU